GGUUUUUAAAUGAUUCCCAUUAUUUUAUGAGAUGGAAAUUGAAUUUCUUAUAUUAAGUCUUAAUACUAUAUACAAUUACAUAUAACAAAUAUUUCUGCCAUAUGUUAGAUUUACAUUACCGACUGUCGAAAUAGUAGAGUUUUUAUCACGUGUUUGAAGUCAACAUAACAAUAACAUAACCAAAAACUGUCAAUUUUUUCAUAUGCGAAAAAAAAAACCAAAAAAGAAGAACUAACAAUUUUUUGACAAUUUAACAAUCAAAAGUGAAAUGAAGUUAAAAAUUUUAGCAAUUCAUGGAUAUCGUCAGUCGGACGUUAUUUUCAGUGGGAAACUUGGAUCACUUAGAAAAAGUUUUAAAAAAGAAAUAGAUUUUACAUUUAUAAAAGCUCCUCAUAAAGUUCCACCUUUGGAAAGUAGUGAGAAAAAAGAAGAGGACGAUGCAGAAGGAUUCGGUUGGUGGUUUAAUACUGAAGAUAAAGUAUUUAAAGCAAUAGAACCUAGUAAUUUAUCAGUGGGUUUUGAAGAUAGUAUUUUGUUGGUGGAAAAAACUUUCAGGGAAUUAGGUCCAUUUGAUGGAGUAAUUGGUUUCUCUCAAGGAGCGUCAUUUGUUUCAAUUCUCUGUGCGAUGCAACAGAAAAAAAUUUCGCCAAUUAAAUUUAAUUUUGCGAUUCUCAUUUCUGGAUUUAAAUCACUUUGCGAGCCGCAUGCGAUAUUUUAUAAAGACAUUAAAAUAGAAUUGCCAACUUUACAUGUUUAUGGAGAGGGCGACAAAAUAAUUCCAACUCAAAUGGCGCAAGAAUUGAGUGAUGUGUUUUCCAUUAAAAAGAAAUUUAUUCAUGAAGGAGGUCAUUUUGUUCCAGGAAAGAAAUUUAUUUAUAACGACUUUAUCCUGGAAAUGCUAUCAAAAAAAAGUGAUCUAAAAGAAUCAUCACAAUAAUUUUUAAUAUUUAUAAUUUUUUCAAAUUUUUUAAUUUAUAUAUUAUUUUUAAAAAAUUCUCAUAGUAUUAUAAAGCAAAAUAGUGUAAAAAUUUUGUAUAUAAAUUAUUUUGCGUAUUAGGUGAAAAUAUAAAAAAAACUAAAUUGUAAA